UCUCUACAAUCAAUAAAUUGCAUUAUUAUAUCUACAGACGAAAUCGAAUUGAAACGAACCCUAAAUCAUUAAACUCUCCUCAGCCAUAGCCAUGAUCUUCGUCUUCUUGCUUUUCUUAAUCUCCUCUCCCCUCCUCCAAAAGCCUAAAUUUGCAUCCGGCCGGUGCGAACCGGCGCGGUGCAAACCGUCCGGCCCGGAAGUCCGGUUCCCUUUCCGGCUGAAAAACCGGCAGCCGCCCGAAACCUGCAGCGCCUACAGCAGCGAUUUCGAACUAACAUGUAAUGAGAAAAACGAUACAGUUCUCCACUUCCAGCUGUCCGUUUGGGCGUCCGCCGGAAACUAUCUAAUCCCGCUGUCGGCAAACGCCACCGUCGCCGGAACCAUUGACUACGAUCGGCAGGUGAUCGGAGUCAACGUUUGGGAAAGUUCCUGUCUUCCGGCGAAGGCUCCGAAAGUCAAUUCUUCUGAUUCUCCUUUCGAAUCGGAUCCUGGAAACCAGUACGGGGGAUCGUACACGCUCUUCAACUGCUCCGGCCCGAUCGGGACGAGGUUCAGUCGGGGCCCGAUUGAGUGUCUGAAUCGUGGGGAUUUUGAGGUUUAUACUGUUAGCUCGUCGGAUUCGCUGUCGGAUGUGACACCGCUGUCCAACUGUGUGAAGAUGUACAACGUUUCGUCGGUUCCGCCGGCGCUUGUCCGCGUACCGGACUCGUUGUCUUUCGAUCAGACCGCUCAAUUGCGGUGGAGGAAUCCGGAUUGUCGGAAGUGUGAAUCGAGAGGGAAGAUUUGCGGAUUCAACUCAACGGAUAACAGUAUUGAUUGCUUCGAGAAACCAGUUUCCCCAAAUCAGAAGAGUCACGAGAAGAAGAAGAGAAUCGUCACAGCAGUUUCAGCAGUGGCAAGUUCUCUGGUGGCAAUAGCCGUCGGAGGCUUAUGCAGUGUGUAUCUAAAGAAGAAAAGAAAGCUGGAAAACGCGCGAAAAAUCGUACGGUUCCUCGACGAUUACAGAGCUCUAAGGCCGACAAGAUACAGUUAUUCAGACAUCAAACGAAUAACCGAAGGGUUCAAGUACAAACUAGGCCGAGGAGGCUAUGGAACAGUGUUCAAAGGGAAGCUGUCGGAAGAAAUCCCGGUCGCCGUCAAAAUCCUCAACAACAUAAAGGGCAACGGCGGCGAUUUCCUAAACGAAGUCGGCGCGAUCGGGAACAUCCACCACGUCAACGUCGUGCGUCUCGUUGGGUAUUGCGCCGACGGGUAUCGACGCGCGUUAGUAUACGAGUAUUUAGAAAACGAUUCUUUGGAAAAGUACAUCGCGUGGGGGAUUCGUAAGAACAAGCUCGGUUGGGACAAGCUUUACGAGAUCUCGUUAGGUAUCGCGAAAGGUCUCGAGUAUCUCCACCAGGGUUGUAACCAGCGAAUCCUGCACUUCGACAUCAAGCCGCAGAACAUACUUCUCGACCACAACCUCAACCCGAAGGUUGCGGAUUUCGGGUUGGCGAAAUUGUGCUCGAGGGACAAGAGCGUAAUUACGAUGACGGCGGCGCGCGGGACGAUAGGGUACAUUGCGCCCGAGGUUUUCUCGAGGAAUUUCGGGAGGGUGUCGUAUAAGUCCGAUAUAUAUAGUUUUGGAAUGGUUUUGCUUAAUAUGGUCGAGGGACGGAAGAACUUUCGCGCGAGCGUGCAAGAUAGUAUGCAAAUUUAUUUUCCGGAAUGGAUGUAUAGCCAGGUCGAGAAGGGCAAGGAUAUCGAUUUUGAGAUCGAUGUCGAGGGGGAUGUCGCGAUUGUUCAGAGGCUUAUAAUUGUCGGGCUUUGGUGUAUACAAUGGUAUCCGAUCGACCGGCCGUCGAUGAAGACGGUGAUACAAAUGAUGGAAGAGCCGGGGUUGCCUAUUAUGCCGCCGAAUCCUUUCGCGUCUACGAGUGGUUCGGAUGCGUUUGCGGAUCCGAGCGAGGAGAGCUCGCUCGGUAGCGACGGAACAACCUACUAUAGCAACACUAAUUGAUGUAAGUUGUUUCAUAAGAAAUUAGCUGAUGGUUUGGGGAUGAAGAUCGAUGACGGCGAAUUUUUACGUUAUAAAAAUAAUAAUAAUAAUAAUAAUAAUUAUUAUUAUUAUUGAUGUAGUGUGUUUUGUAUUAGAAGCUAGUUAUGGUGCUGAUUGGAAUUAAUCAACACUAUAUUGAUUAACUUCUUUCAGUUUAUUGUAAUGAUCAGUACUAUGUAGUUGUUCUUGAAAUAAUCUAUGUUAUAUAUAUAUAUAUAUAUAUUAUUGUGUUGUA